AUGAUUACUGAUACAAACAAAUUGUUUAUACCGAUUGACAGUCAAGCGAUACGUGAUCAUUUAAAAAUAAAAGAUUUGUUACCAAUUAAUUAUCUUGACUCUUAUUAUUCUCAUCAAGACAUUGAUUUUGGUAUAUUUGGUGAUGUCUUGUUUCGUGUCUAUGAUCAAAGUAUGAUUGCGCGUCAAGUUGUUCAAGAAGAAAUUUAUCGCAUACAUGAAUUAGUACAAAAUGUGAAUAUUACCUAUAAUAAUCUUACAUUAAAUUAUAGUCAUAUUUGUGCAAAACGAAGUCAAACAUGUGUCGUUGAUGGUGAUAUCUAUUUGCAGAAAACAUUUUGGCAACGUAUCAGCGAUAAAUCGAUUUACUCGUACAUUAACAAUGGUCUCUAUAUUGAUGAUGAUGGUGUACCUCAUAUGUUAUCCGUUAUAUUCGGUCAUAAUCUGAUAAUUUCAAAUGAAACAGAUACUAUGUAUUCAAAUGUUUUAAGAUUCCGUUUCAAUAUUAGACAGGGAACGGACGACGAGAUAUUAAUUGGACGUUUAUGGGAACAAGCAUUUCUAGAAUUUUUCCAUCAUUUCAAAUCGACAAUUGUUCAAUGUAUAUAUUCUGUAUCAACAUCGAUUGAUCAAGAACUCAAUAGUAAUAUAAUAUUGGAUACAAAACUGGUGACAGGAACAUUUGUAUUGAUGAUUAUUUUUGCAACAAUUUUAUUAUCAUGGCGUGGUCCAUUGUCAACAUCUCCGGCGUUCCUAGGAGGAGUGGGUGUAUUAGCAACUUGCCUUGGGUUAAUAUCAGGUUUUGGUUUCUGUUCUCUAAUUGGUAUACCAAUGUGUGUUGGCAUUGAUGAUAUGUUUAUAAUUUAUUCAGCGUUUUGUCAAUCAAAUUGUCGUGAAACGACACCAAAACGUUUAGCUAGAACAUUUCGGGCAUGUGGAGCGAGUAUCACAAUCACAUCUCUAACAGAUAUUCUCGCAUUUUUAAUCGGUUUUUCAAUCGCCUUCUGUUAUUUGUAUCAAAUAAUGUUAUUUGGUAGUGGUGUUGCAUUAUAUAAUAGAUGUAUCAAUGCCAAUUGUAAUACACUGCUAUUUUGUUUGAAAAAUUCUCCUCAUUCACUUGAAGAAAAACAACCACCACAUAACAAACACCGUCGUUCAAUAAAACCUCGAAAUUGUCUGCCAAUAAAGGACAUGUUAAUGCGUAUAGUAAAAUCUUUCUUUUCACCUGUUGGACGUACUAUUGUACUAGUGGUGUAUAUUGUUUAUAUCGUUGCUACAUUCUAUGGAGCAUCUCAAAUGAAAAAUGGUAUGAAAUUAGGUCAAUUAUUAGCGGAUAAAUCUUAUGCAAAAACCUAUCUUGAUACUAUUGAUAAAGAAUUUCGUCUCUAUCCAUUAGUUCAAUUUAUUAUUUAUAAACCAAUUCCUUAUUGGAGAAAUGAUUAUAUAAAACGUAUUGAAAUGUUAAUUGAUCAAGCAAAAAAAUUAAAUGGUAUGGAUAAACAAUUAGAAAUAUCAUGGUUAAAAUUAAUGAAUAUAAACUCAAAUGAUAUUCAUAAAAAUCAGACAUCAUAUAUUGAGACAGUACGUGGUUUUACAAAUUUAUUACCAAUAUUUCAAAAUGAUAUUGUCAUGAAUCAUACACACAUUGUGGCUAGUCGAUUUUAUUUACAAUUUGGACGUGUUUGUUAUAAUUCAUCGGAUGGACAAUUAGUAAAUGAAUUACGAUCACUAGUAAAACAAUCACAAUUACCUAUUAUUGUUUAUUCAAAUUUAUUCAAAUUUUAUGAACAAAUGUAUGAGGUAUUUCCAAAUAUUGUUCAGUCAUUUAUUAUUGCUGUUGAAGCGAUGUAUAUCGUUACACUCUUAUUCAUUCCUGAUUUGCAAUCUGUUAUAUGUAUUAUAUCAACAAUGAUAAUGAUGUUAACAGGAUUAAUUGCUAUAUUACACUACUGGAAUAUGACAAUAUCGUCAGUAACAAUGGUAGAAUUAAUUAUGUCAAUUGGAUUUUGUGCCGAUUUUUGUGUUCAUAUUGUUUAUGCAUUUCUUACAUCAAAAGGUACACGAAAUCAACGAGCAAUUGCAGCCAUAUCUCAUAUGGGUGUUCCCAUAUUUUGUGCAUCUUCAUCGACAAUUGUUGGUGUUUUCUUUUUGGCAUUUGCUCAGUCAUAUUUAUUUCGAACAUUUUUUAAAACUAUUUUUGUUAUUAUGUGUUUGGGUACUGUGCAUGCACUAUGCUUUUUGCCUGUAUUUCUCUCAUUUUGUGGACCACAAUGGCAAUAUCAUGAAUUAGAAACGGAUGAUGAACAUGAUUAUCGCAUAAAAACAGUAUCAACAUCGAACACCGAUAAACUACCUAAUGAUCAUUUACUCACAACUAAACAACAGCCUAGUUUAGAAGGAGACGAUGAACUUGAACAAGAAGAAAAGACUUGA